AUGUCGGACAGAAAACGAGUCGGCGACUAUGUGUUGGACCUCGUGUUCUUCGCUGGAAUGACGGCCACCGCCUACUUCCUCGCCCGAAACGUCCUCUCGACCUUCUCGUCGCAUUUCGCCGACCCGGAAAAGGAGAAGAGCGACCAGAACCGCCGCAAGGCCAAGGCCAACCUGCAGCGCCUGCUUCGGUCGCGAGACGCCGAGAAUGGCGACGGUGACGGCGACGACGACGGCGAGGGGGGGUCGGGCAGCGGCGGCGACAGGAACGGCGCGUCACGACGCGAUGGACCGCGACCCGAAGACUUGGAGCUCAACGAGUACGAGAACUUGAUUGCGAUGGAGGUCGUGGCGCCCAACGACAUUUCCGUCGGCUUUGACGACAUCGGCGGCCUCGACGACAUCAUCGAGGAGCUGAAAGAGUCCGUCAUCUACCCGCUCACCAUGCCGCACCUCUACUCGCACGCCGGGUCCUUGCUGGCCGCGCCGUCGGGCGUGCUGCUUCACGGCCCGCCGGGCUGCGGCAAGACCAUGCUGGCCAAGGCGCUGGCGCACGAGAGCGGCGCGUCCUUUAUCAACCUGCACAUCUCGACCAUGACGGAGAAGUGGUACGGCGACUCCAACAAGAUUGUGCGGGCCGUCUUCUCGCUCGCCCGCAAGCUGCAGCCCGCCAUCAUCUUCAUCGACGAGAUCGACGCCGUCCUGGGCACGCGCCGCAGCGGCGAGCACGAGGCCAGCGGCAUGGUCAAGGCCGAGUUUAUGACGCUCUGGGACGGCCUGACGUCGUCCAACGCCGCCGGCGUGCCCUCGCGCAUCGUCGUGCUCGGCGCCACCAACCGCAUGCACGACAUUGACGAGGCCAUCCUGCGCCGCAUGCCCAAGAAGUUCCCCGUCACGCUGCCCGGCGUCCAGCAGCGCCGCCGCAUCCUGCAGCUCGUGCUCGGCGACACCAAGCGCGACGACGACGACUUUGACAUUGAGUACAUUGCCCGCGUCACCAGCGGCAUGUCCGGCAGCGACCUCAAGGAGCUGUGCCGCGACGCCGCCAUGAUGCCCAUGCGCGAGUUCCUGCGCGCCCACCGCGCCUCCGGCAAGCGCAUGUCCGCCAUCAACCCGGCCGACGUGCGCGGCCUCCGCACCGACGACUUCUUCCCCCGCAGCGCCGCCCUUCCCGUCGGCCCUCUGCCCCCGCGGACGGCCAAGACCGGCGAGGCCUCCGAGACCCAGAGCUACACCACCACGGAGGACACCGGCAGCCGGCGGCGGAGCAACCGUCGGUCCUCGGCAGCGUCGUCGUCGGCCAAGCGGCGGACAGGAGCGUCCAAGUCGGCCAGCAGCCGGAACGGCGACGACGACGAGUACGAGGAUGUUGAUGAAACCGCCGACCAGACGGACAUCGUCCCUGCACUGGACUAG